UUCUUCUUGGUUGAGACACUGGAAGUGCAAAUCAUUCUAAGCAUUUCUUUGAUCGAUCAAUCCAUCCAUUAUGGCUUCCCUUCCACAGACCUCAGCCCCAAUGUCUCUUCUCCUCCUCUUAGCUUUUGCCCUGCUUCUUCACUCCGCAAUCACCAAGGCAGCUUCGGAACCAAAUGGUAGUUGGUGCAUCGCGAAGACUGGAGCUGAAGUCCCAAAGCUCCAGGCAGCCCUUGACUAUGCCUGUGGUCAUGGCGCGGACUGCGCCUCAAUCCAACCAGGAGCCCCUUGCUUUGAGCCCAACACAGUCGCUGCUCAUGCAUCGUAUGCCAUGAACUCCCUCUUCCAGCACUCUGAGAAGAAACCUACUGAUUGCGACUUUGGCGGCGCGGCCAUGCAAACUUCCACCGAUCCAAGUCAUGAUAGCUGCGUAUAUCCUGGUAAAUAGCAAUUGAGAGAGACUUAAAGAGAGAAAGAGAAGAAAAGCUUCAGUUUGAUGUGAUGUGGGAAAAUAAGGGGAAGAAAAAAUCAGAAAAGGAGGAUUAUCAGAGAGAAUUACUGUGUUUAGUGCCGCUUAAUAAAUUGAUCUUCAUUUUAAACGCUUUUUUUUCCUUUAUCUAAUAUAUGGGUUUGAGAGAUUAAGCUAGCCUUGUCUCAUUUAUCCAUUAAUCGUAUUGCGAAGGGUUACGCAUUGUAGAAGCAAGAAUCCAAUUUCGAAUAUACCGCAUUUCGUUCUCGCAGCUCA